CCUCGCCUCACCAUCCGCUACGUCCUUUUUACUUCCUUUGUCCUCUACGUACUAUACUGCCUCCUUCUAUCACGCCCACUCUUUGCAUCAUCCCUCCCAGGAUACACAGGCCCAUAUGGUGUCGGUGGCCUAGAUAUUGAGGUGCCUCUUGCCGCACCCCGGCGUGUCAGUGAGAUCACCACAAAGGAAAGCGGGCAGCCUGCGUUCGAGGUCGAGACGGUGCUCUUCACCCUCUACUACCCUACUCAGCAGAGCACUCGCUGGAAGAGACAUGAAGAGGAUGAACUCUACUGGGUUCCCAAGCCUAUAUCAGCCACGGCAAAAGGCUACGCGCGCUUCAUAAAGAUGGACAAUUUCCUCAUUCGCAACGUCUUCACAUUCGCAAUGUGGAUGGCCGUGGGCGGAAUUCGGAUCCCAGCACAGAUUGGCGCGCCGUUGCUCCCCACGGAAGGCGACGAUGCGAUUGACUCAAUAGCGCCAAGAGGUGGAGGCGAGGACGCAGAGGGACAACAGCUGCCUGUCAUAAUUUUCUCCCACGGGAUGGCCUCCUCUCGCACAGACUACACCUCCUACCUGGGUGAGCUCGCCUCGCGCGGCGUCGUCGUGGCAGCCAUUGAACAUCGCGACGGCUCCAGCCCGGCGUCUGCGAUCACGCGCAAAGACGGGAUGGAAAUAAAGUCCAGGUGGAAGUACAGCCUCCACCUCAACGAUCUCGACCCAGCUUCCUACGAGGGUGGUGAUGAUGGGGUAUUGGACACGGCCGCGUUGAAACAAGCCCAGCUGUCCUUCCGCGAGGCUGAGAUCGAGGCUGUCGUCCAUGUCCUCCGCCAGAUCACCACAUCCCCGUCUGCCGCCGAGGAAGUCGCUCUCCAGAAUGCACGACACCCAGGGUACGCGCCGCCGAGUCUCCUGUCGUCCUUCGCCGGGCGCCUCAACACCGCCAAUAUCACUCUGGCUGGACACUCGUACGGCGCAACGGGCGUCCUCCAGGCCCUGCGCUCGGGCCCCACGCGCGAGAGACCGUUUGGCGGCGCCGUCGUCCUCGAUCCAGGCAAGAACAGUGGGCCUCUGAACGAUGACAUCUCUGUUCCUGUGGCUGUCUGCCACAGUUCCUCUUGGAGCCGACCCGGCCCGAGCCUCUUCUUCGGCCGGCCACACUUCGAAGUCGUUCGUGACAUUGUCGAGAAGCUCAAUGACCUCUUGAGGCCGUGCUGGUUUCUGACCUCGUUGGGGACGUCGCACCCUUCCAUUACCGAUGCACCGCUGCUAGAACCUCUUUUGCUCUCGUGGACUACCGGCUCGACUAUGGAUGCGCAGGACGGCAUACGGCAGUAUGUGGACCUCACAGCAGACUUCGUGACGUACCAGGGCACUGGUACUCGGUCGGGCCUGUUAGCCCUGUCAGGUAGGGAAGAGGAUGGGGUGGUGAGGAGGGAAUACGACCCAAAGAAUAAUGAAGGCAUACCGCAGAGAUGGAGAGGGUAUUGGCAGAUCCAUGUCGCCCCGGAUUAA